AUGAGAGUUUUUUCUAAUGACUUUGUUGUGGUUGCGUUUGUUCUGUUUAAUGUUCUACUUGUUAGUGACUUGUUUGAAGUGGCGGAUGGUAGACAAGUUAAGGAUGAUAAGCAUUUGAUUCGUCCACCACAUUUGUUAGGUCCUAGAUUUAAACAUGGUAGGUUUGGAGGUGGGGGUAUUGGUGCUGGUGGAGGUUUAGGACUAGGUGGUGGCAUUGGUGGAGGAGGUGGAGUUGGUGGUGGCAUUGGUGGGGGUGCUGGAGGAGGUGGAGGACUUGGAGCAGGAGGUGGUGGUGGUUUAGGAGGUGGAGGUGGUCUUGGAGGUGGUGGUGGUCUAGGAGGUGGAGCUGGUCUUGGUGGUGGUGGUGGUUUAGGAGGUGGAGGUGGACUUGGUGGCGGUGCAGGUGGUGGUUUAGGACAUGGUCUUGGAGGUGGCAUUGGAGGAGGAGCAGGUGGUGGUCUAGGAGGUGGAGGUGGAGCGGGAAUUGGUGGUGGUGGUGGACUCGGACACGGUCUUGGUGGUGGCGUUGGCGGAGGAGCAGGUGGUGGCAUUGGUGGGGGUCUAGGAGGUGGAGGGGGACUUGGUGGAGGUGCCGGUGGUGGACUUGGUCACGGUGUUGGUGGCGGGAUUGGUGGAGGUUCAGGUGGUGGACUCGGAGGAGGAGGUGGACUUGGUAGUGGUGGUGGGCUUGGUCAUGGUGUUGGAGGUGGCAUUGGUGGUGGGGCAGGAGGCGGGGUUGGUGGUGGAGCAGGAGGUGGCGGUGGAAUUGGCGGUGGAGGUGGAUUAGGCCAUGGCAUUGGAGGAGGAGCAGGAGGUGGAGGUGGUAUAGGUGGUGGGGGCGGAGCUGGUGUAGGCGGAGGAGGAGGUUUUGGUGGUGGGGCUGGUGGUGGUGCAGGGGGAGGUGUUGGAGGAGGAAUUGGUGGUGGUGGAGGCGGUGGUUUUGGUGGAGGAGGCGGCAUUGGAGUAGGUAUUGGAGUUGGUGCCGGUGGUGGAAUUGGUGGUGGCAACAAGUAG